AUGAUUGAUUUAUCUACAGAGUUGGUAACCGAUGAUUACCAUCUUCACACGCCACGAUACAAGAACAAAUCAAAGAAUAGCACAUCAAAUGAUACUAUACUACAGUCCCACCACGAGUCACCAGCAAAUUCGGACGAUUUGUCAGAAAGUAGAAACACACGCACCACAUCACCACCUUCUUUUGAUUACUACUUUGACAGCAAACAUAGAGAUGAAGACACAACAACUAACUUGUCACCAAAAUUGAAUGACUUGAUGACUUUUUCUGAUGUUAUCGAAUCAGACCCAUUAACGAUACCGAAAGAGUACCACCAUCCCCAUGAUAGUGACGUAAAGUGGGUGUUUAAAGGAAAUGAGCUUGAUAACAGCACCAUAACUCAUGCAGAACCCACCACCACCACCACCAACACUACUCCUGCUCCUGCGCAACUUAUUCCUCAAUCACUACUACCAGAAGAACCAGAAGAUCACAGAAAAGAGUCAAUCGUUAGCAAUACUCCUUUCGCCCAUCCUUUAACUGACCAACAACGACAAGGGCUCCCAAGGACCACAACUACUGAUUCCAUCCAAAUGGAACAGUCCAACGUUCAUCAGAAAAGAGUGGUACAAAUCAAAAACCUUGAAGAGCAAGCCACCAGCAGAGCUGAGGGGGAGACUUACAAAGUUUUAUACUGCAUGUUGACGGGAAUAAGGGUUGCCGUCAGUUACAAAGCAAUGGGGGUUCGCAAAAUAUCACCCUCUGAUUUCAGUCAGGUACAGAAAUUUACAUUCCAAGACAAUGAUACCAUUACUCCAGCCUCAAAUUACGAUUUCCGAUUCUAUGAUUAUGCACCUCAAGUGUUUCGUUGGCUUCGAGACCAGUUCAAUAUCGAUCAAGCAAACUAUCUCAUAUCCAUCACGGGACAAUUGAUUGUGUCACAGAUCAAAUCGGAAGGCAAAUCCGGCUCAUUGUUUUACUUUAGUAAGGAUAAAGUAUACAUCAUCAAGACAUUGCGGUACAAUGAGUUUAAAUUUUUGCAACAGAUUUUGGCAUCGUAUGUUGACCAUGUGGGCAAGAAUAAAAACACCCUAAUUAGCCAAUUUUACGGAUUGCAUCGAGUUAAAGUGAGAACAAGUAAGGGGAAAACCAGAACGCAUCAUUUUGUUAUUAUGAAUAACCUUUUCCCACCAAAUGCCAUAUUGAGUCAAACUUUUGACUUGAAGGGAAGUACCGCGGGGAGAUAUACACCAGUAACAAAGGGUAAGAAAAGACAUACUUUGAAAGAUAACAAUUUUCUAGAGUCAAAAUUAAAGAUACAUUUUGGUCCAGAGAUUCGCAACCAGUUUUUCAAACAAUUGGAUUCUGAUGUUGCAUUUUUGAUCAAGAAUGGGAUCAUGGAUUAUCUGUUACUUUUGGGGAUAUGCAACAAUAAGACGGGAUAUAGCAAUAGAGAUCAAUACGAAGAGUCAACCCCUGAGGAGAAUUUGAAUUAUUUUUACAGACAAGAUGGGGGAAUCCAAGCCACCAAUGCUCAAAAUCAACCACUACCGGAGAUUUAUUAUCUUGGAAUAAUUGACUGUUUGACUUAUUACUCGGUGAGGAAGCGAUUGGAGACGUUUUUCAGAUCGUUUGGCCAGAAUAGAAGCACGAUAUCAGCAGUACCUCCGAAGGAGUAUGGUAAUAGAUUUCUUGACUUUAUAAAAGAUGGAACCACCGCCGAAAAGAAAUUUAAAGGGGAUUGA